AGAACGCUAUAUGCCCGUGGGCCCUUCAAACAUACGCAAACGACGUAUUGCGUGACUUUGACAGGUGCGACACGCAACUCGUUUCACUGUCAACUGCGUCAAUGGCAAUAUACAACCAUUGACAAGCUCCAUCUUUCGACGCACGUCGUCACACCGCCUACUCAUGUCGAUGCCAAUAUACAAUCAAACUCCAUCUUCCGACAGAACACCCAUGUGCACCGCGGGCAUCAAGAAUACACCAAAGAUGUGUUGCGUGACUUCCACUGA